UCUGGCAACUUGCUAGGCGGCUAGCAUGAGGGAAAGGGGAUUUCGGUCCAUUAUUAGUUUGAUACAAAACUAUUGAAAGCACAAAACAAUGACGCUGACGCCGCUUGUUUACUGGGCUCAACGCCAUGAAGACGUUUACCUGCGGGUGGAGCUGACGGACGCUCAGCCCUGGGUCACGGUGCUAAGGGGCAGAACCAGUACGAGUUCAGCCUGGAGUUUCUUUUACCUGUAAAGACAGAGGUGGCUCACAAGUCCACUCAGCGGCAGGUGAACGUCAGCGUUAGGAAACAGCAGAGAGGCUGGUGGGAAAGAUUGACCAAACAGGAACGUAAGCCGCUCUUCUUGGCUCCGGACUUCGACCGCUGGCUCGAUGAGUCGGACGCCGAGAUGGAGAUCAGGAAAAAUGAGGAGAGAAGGAACAAGCUGAAGGAUGCUCAGCAUGAUGAGGAAGGGUUCAUCAGUCUGAAAACAGCAUUUUUGUUUACGUAUAACUUAGUACAGUUCCUUGGCUUUUCAUGGAUCUUUUUCAACAUGACCUUUCGCCUCCUCAGGUUCGGCCGAGAUUCUUUCUACGACACAUUUCACACCAUAUCGGACAUCAUGUUCUUCUGCCAGAUCCUGGCGGCCGUCGAGGUUCUCAACGCUGCUUUUGGCAUCGUCAGGACCGGCGUUAUCCCAACUCUUAUACAGGUGGUUGGAAGGAAUUUCAUCCUCUUCAUCAUUUUUGGUAGCUUGGAAGAAAUGCAGAAUAAGUCGGUGGUUUUCUUUGUUUUCUAUCUGUGGAGCGCCAUUGAAAUUUUCAGGUAUCCAUUCUACAUGUUGGGAUGUUUCAACACAGAGUGGAAGAUCCUCACAUGGCUGCGAUACUCAUUGUGGAUACCGCUCUACCCUCUGGGGGUCAUAGCUGAGGCUGUUGCCGUGAUUCAGUCCAUUCCCAUCUUUGACGAGACCCGACUGUUCAGCAUUCCUCUGCCCAAAACCAUCGGCCUCCCUCUGAGCUUCUCCUACGUCCUGCGUGUAUACAUCAUUCUCAUGUUUCUGGGACUUGUCAUCAACUUUCGUCAUCUCUACAAGCAAAGGAAGAAGCGUUUCCGCACCAAGAAGAGGAAGGCACAUUGAUGCACUGUCACUGCCUGUUUUCAAAGUUCUAAUCUUCUGAGCACUAUUAAGUAUUGAUGUCUUCUUUUUUUCCUGCUGCUAAUUGGUUCCGCUUGAUGGUUUACUGGGACCACUCUUUAAGAACAUUUACUACACCCCUCUUCCCAUUUUGUUAAUGAUAGUGGAAGGCUUGGCCAUUUUGAUUUGAAGCUGUGUUACUGUAUUAGUGCUCCUUUGAUUGGUUUACAGUAUUUUUGAAUAUCAUCUUUUGAGAAUGAAUCACUCUACAGCACUCAGGGUGAACACUAGAUGACCAAUGCUUUAUUACCUUGACUUGUGAUAAAGACACUUACCAGCCACUUAUUUAGGUACUAGAGAUGCGCGGAUAGGCAAUUAUUUCAUCCGCAACCGCAUCAGAAAGUCGUCAACCAUCCGCAAUCCACCCGAUCUAACAUUUGAUCAGAACCGCACCCGCCCGUUGUUAUAUAUCUAAUAUAGACGAUGUAAGGCAUUAGUGAGGUUAUAAAGCUUUUGCCUGUUAAAGAAAGGAGACUGAUCCAAUGCAGCACAGACAUUCGCGUGCCACGCUGUCAUGACCCAGACGCACACAAGUGCGCAAUCAUAUGGGAGCCGCGCUGAGCGCACCUCCAAGCGCGUCUCGCUGCCGGCGACGGCCGGGUAUGGGCCCGACGCUCCAGCGCCAUCC